CUAAAUUAUUUUAAACGUCUGACUGUUUACUUGGUGUCUCUUCGGCAGGCAGCGAGGGAGUUGGUGUUGGAGGUGAUCAGGGAGAAGGACGGAGAUUUCAGGUCAGGACGCAACGACUUCAGCGCCCGCCUGGGAGGAGCCAGCCUGGACGUUCCGGUUCCCAGGUUUGCUGUUGGCAUCGUGAUCGGCAGGAACGGAGAAAUGAUCAAGAAGAUCCAGAAUGAUGCCGGAGUCCGAAUCCAGUUUAAAGCAGAUGAUGGCAUCAGUCCAGAGCGUGUGGCCAUGGUGAUGGGUCAGCCAGACCGCUGUCAGCAUGCUGUCCACCUCAUCAACGAGCUCAUCCAGACCGCACAGGAGCGUGAUGGUUUUGGCUCGGCCCUGCGGAGCGGCAGAGUCAGAGGUCGUGGUGAUUGGACUAUGGGCUCUCCUGGUCCGCUACAGGAAGUGACCUACACCAUCCCUGCUGACAAGUGUGGCCUGGUCAUCGGCAAAGGUGGAGAAACCAUUAAGAGUAUUAACCAGCAGUCUGGAGCUCACGUGGAGCUGCAGAGGAACCCCCCCCCCUCCACCGACCCAAACACCCGGGUCUUCACCAUCAGAGGAACCGCCCAGCAGAUGGACCUGGCCCGCCAGCUCAUAGACGACAAGAUCGGGGGCUCAGGGAUCAUGAGUAACGGAGGUUUUGGAUUCAGUCCCUUCACUCAGGGUCCUGCUACACACCAGAACUGUGGCAAUGGUCAGACCUUCCUGACUGGCGUUUGGGGAAACACCUACCAGACCAGCUGGCAGAACCCUGGACAACAAGACCCUGGUCAACAGAACCAACCUCAGAGCCUGAUGGCCGACUACAGUAAGGCCUGGGAGGACUACUACAAGAAGCAGAGUACGACCUGUCUGUCUGAACCUACGUCUGUCUGUCUGAACCUACGUCUGUCUGUCUGAACCUACGUCUGUCCGUCUG